AUGGCCCCCGGGGGCCGUGGAGGGUUCCGUGGAGGAUCAGGAAGGGGCGGGCCAAGUCGUGGAGGAUCAAGAGGACGGGGGUCGUUUCGAGGAAGAGGUCGCGGUCGAGCAAGGAGUGUUGCCCAGCCGCCGCGGAGUGCUCGAUUUGAUGACAAACGGCUGGCUUCGAAGGAUGAAUCCGACUCUGAGAGUGAUGGCCAGAGUCCGUUUGAGGACGAAUUGGAGGGUAUGGAUGUGGAUUCCGAUGAGAGUGAAGAUGAGGAGGAUGCCAAGGCUGGCCAGCCGUACGCCAGUUUGAUGCGCAGUUUGGUGGAGAGCGCGCCGAAAGCAAAACGGCGGAAGCUCGAUCACGCGGACAACGAAUCUGCAAAACCUGAAGCUGUGUCACAAGCAGGCGAUGAUGGAGAUGAGAACGAUGAUGCUGAUGUGGAGCGGGAUGUUGACCGGGUAGAAGACUUGGAGGAAGAAGCGGACGAUGCGGCACCGGAAGACUUGUUCGACGUGGACGAUGACUUGGACAGCUCUGACCCGUUCGAGAUGCACUUUUCUGAUCCAAAGGCCGAAGAGCUGCAACCGCGGGUGACGGCGAUCCAGCAGAGCAAGUGGCGCACGGAGCGGAUAGCAACGGACUCGACAAGGGUAUUCCUGAGCACACCGGAUACCGGUGAUACCACGGGGAAGUCACUGCCAGCGCCGGUGACGGGGAUCGCGGACCUCAAGCUCAAGAAGAGGUUGCAGGAGGCAAUGGAGCCUAAACAUGCCAAGUUUGACCAGGUCGAGCAGACGAUAGCGCCGCUGCUGUUCAACUACCAGGAUUUGCUAUACUGCAACCGGACAGUCGCGGGGGCGCAGAGUAUUCGGCGGAUGGCCUCAUUGCAUGCUCUCAACCAUAUUUUUAACGAGGAUCUGGAGCUGCGCGACCAAGGGUUCACCCGUCCCAAGGUGCUGAUGCUGCUGCCCACGCGCAACUCGUGCGUCAAAAUGGUCGACAUGAUGGUAUCAAUCUGCGAGCCAGACCAGCAAGAGAACCGCAAGCGGUUCGAGGACGGGUACGUCGACAAGCAGACCAAGUUCGCCGAGGACAAACCCGAAGACUUCCGGGAUCUCUUCGCCGGCAGCGACGACGACAUGUUCCGGCUGGGCAUGAAGUUCACGCGCAAGACAAUCAAGUACUUCUCCCAGUUCUACAACUCCGACAUCAUCCUCGCCAGCCCGCUGGGUCUACGCAUGGCGAUGGGAUCGGAAGAGGAAAAAGAAAAAGGCAAACAACUCGACUUCGACUUCCUCAGCUCCAUCGAGCUAGUAAUCAUCGACCAGGCCGACGCGCUCCUAAUGCAAAACUGGGAACACGUCGAGUUCAUCCUGGAGCAUCUCAACAUCCAACCGCGCGACGCCCACGGCUGCGACUUCAGCCGUGUGCGCAGCUGGUACCUCGACGACCAAGCUCCCCUCUUCCGACAAACCGCUGUCUUCAGCGCGUUCCACACCCCCGAGCUGGCCGAGCUCCUGCGCACACACUGCCGCAACUGGGCGGGCAAAGCCCGGCUGCAACAGCCCGAGCCGCAGGGCGCCAUCCAGCAUCUCCCGGUGCGUGUCCGCCAGACCUUCAGCCGCUUUGACGUCCCCUCGAUCGCGGCCGACCCGGACGCGCGGUUCGCCUAUUUCACCCGGGCCAUCGUACCGAUGCUUUUGAAGAAUAGCAAGUCACGGUCUACUAGCACCGGAGGUGAUGCCGGCGGCGGCGGCGGCACGCUAAUCUUCAUCCCCUCCUACCUCGACUUCGUCCGCGUACGCAACUACUUCGCCAACAGCCCGGCCGUAGAGAGGAUCUCCUUCGGGAGCAUCUCCGAGUACGCCGACGUGCGCGAGGCGUCGCGGGCGCGGUCGCAUUUCCUCAGUGGUCGGCACCAGGUGUUGCUGUACACGGAGCGGGCGCACCAUUUCCGGCGGUAUGCGAUACGCGGCGUGAGAAGGGUGGUGUUUUAUGGUCUGCCGGAUAAUCCGGUGUUUUAUCGGGAGAUUGCGGGGGGGUAUUUGCAGGCGAGUGAGCAGGCGCUGUUGGUGCCGCAUGGGGAGGGGACGGUGAGGGUGAUGUUUUCGAGGUAUGAUGUUUUGAAGUUGGAGAGGGUGGUGGGUUCGGUGAGGGUGGGGAAGAUGGUGGGUGAUCAGGGGGAUACGUUUGAUUUUGUGUAG